CAAAAGCAUCAGCUGUUUUGAAGGUCAUGUAGGCGGGCCGCCAUGCUAUAUAAAGCCGUUUUCCAUCGUCAUCCAUGGGUCAAGCCGGACUUUGGCGCUUUCGUUCUACUAUGUGCAGAAAAUGAUAUUGAAAGAUACAACGGCCACAGACAAUCGACUUCCAACCCUUGAAGGUGACUAUAUAUUCGACAUCAUGGCCGACUCGAGCGACAAUGUCAACCCGGCUCCUGCGAUCGACGAGACUCCUAUCUCUCCUAGCCGUCCCGACCCUCUGCGCAAGAACUCUCUCGAACAGCACCUGAAACAUCGUCCGGUGCGCCAGGAACUGGUCAAAAAAAACAUUCUUCCAGCCUCAAACGCAGCUCCGGGGCUCAUAGCACAACAGAAAGAGCUCGAAAAGCAUAUGCGUGCUGAUUCUUUGAACGAAAGAAUCGCCCACCGGCCCUCCCCAGAAGCAUUGAUCAAAGAAGGGGUCCUUCAUGAAGACCCCCGCUCGCCUUAACAAAAAGUAUCAGGAUGCUAUUAAGGAAGAACAUAAAAAAAGAGGAAGCGGUGCUUGAUUAACAUCCACGACGCCACAAUCCAACAAUCGCUUCGAGAAUGGGAUGACGCAUAGCUAGAAGGUGAUCAAAAUAUUGAUUCUACUACCCACAUCGUCAGAGGCAGUAAUUUCAACGACCAUAUAUACCUAUUUUAUGUUAAGAGGUCGUGUUCGCCCUGACUUGUCAUGUCAGGCAGGAGGGACCCUGCUAGGUCCGACCCUUGUCGGACUCGGGACUCCAGAGCAGACAUCCAACCUUAAGAGAUCUAUCAAUCAAUCAAGCAGCUGAUCAGCAUCAAGUCCAUCGCGCAAGUCUACCUGCAUCUGAGUCGAACCUCCAACACUCUUACCGUCUGGGCUGGAGAACAGACUGAUACCAAUCAACUAAUAGUAGUCACAGUUUGGGUGCGGACGUUCCAGGUCAAGUCUAUACAGUUUUGAAGCUACUCUCAGUAUACACACUCUUGGUCAUCGCGUUGUGCAUCGUUACGCGUCUCUAUUCCAGAUGCUUUAUAUCCUUGGCUUGGAUGAUUGUGAACCUCCCAUCACUUCUUCCGCAAUGCUAGGACUUUGAGGCUCAGGCGAUGUGCAACACACAAUGCAACAUGCACAUCAACCAGAAAGCAGGAGUGUGAGAAUUCAUACAAGUGCAACACGCAUUGUUUGGGGCAGCGCAGAAACAACUUACAGAUGCAAGAAAUUCAUUUUCUACCAGCAGACCGACCUAAUACUAAGUGACUGACCGUCUUCCUUCAUUCAUCC